GUCCUUGUCCAGAUUCAAACCAGACUAGGCGGAGAACCUGAGGAAGACAGACGCCCGGAGGACGGGUCCCAGAGGCCAGGACAACUGACCAGUGGUUCUUUGGGAAGGAGCAUCCUGGAGUCAGAGAAGCAAGGGGCUCCCAGGAAGAUGAGACCUAUCCAGUCAAACAGGCCAGACCGCUGGCCUUAGUGUGGACCAAGGACGCUGCUGCCUUGGCUUUUUGCCGGGGGCCCAUGGAGCUGAGACACGAUGCCAGCCACAAGGAGAAUGUGCCCCCCAGGUCUGCGACACCCCUGAGGCCAGAGCAACGGAGAUUCUUGAAGAGCCGAGGUGUCAGUCUGGGCAGUGGACAUGGCCAGUGGGUGCGUGUGGGCCAGGCUGAGAGGGAAGGGCCUGCCGCCACACACUCCCCAGGGACAGUGUGGCGCCAGGAGCCCUGCCGAGUCCAGACAAACCUGGCCGGCCCGAGCCCCAUCCUGAAGGACACGACUGGCCGGCUGAUGAACCCCGGCUCACAACAGCAGAGCAAUGUGCAGCCCCCGGCCAGCAGGCCCCAGGGGGGAGCCCGAGAGUUUGCCGUCCAACAGAGUAACCUGAGUGCAAGGGGGGCCAGCUUGGCCGCGUGCAGAAGUCAUCCCAGCCCCCGCCUCCGGUCGGAGCAUCAGGACAGCUUCUGGCCCCACCUGGUACCCCAGGGAGGCCCUCUGUCCCGAGCAUCCCUGGCUUGCCCUUCUUCCAGCCAGAGCCAGUCCCUGUUGCCAGGCACCGACACCCCCUGCCCAGAUGUCCAGCCUGCCACAGCCUUUGCCCUUCUCAGCGGGCACACACCCUGGUGUGUCCUAGGGAGCUGGCCACCGAGGCUCAUGGGGGAGCCCCUCACCCUGGAGGACCUGACUGUCCCAGUCCAGAGCCAGGCUCGAGCCCCAUCCCAAAGUGCCUUCCACCAGCUGCUGGCCUCUGUGCAACGGCUGGAGCACGAGGUAGCCCGUCUUGGGUGCCGGGCAUCCUGGGAACCCGCAGGCCCUGCUCCCUGGUCCCCCUGGACCAGUGGUGGCCAGGCACUCCCUACCCACCGCCAGCCCAGCCAGCCUGUUCUUGCUUCCUGGGAUGGGAGAGAGAAACCCAUUCGAGGUCUCAGAGAAACUGCGGGUUUCCCGGGGACACGAGGGGCUCAGUCUGGCUUCUCGGACCAUCGGGCAAGCAGUAAACCUGCGUCCCUGGAGACCAUGCUGAGGAUGGCCAGGGAUUUCCUUGAGCCUAAGCAGGGGGUCCUCCUGGCCAACCCCCGAAGGCAAAGAGAGACCUUCUGUCCGGUGCCUACAUAUGGCAGUGAGCAGAAGAGGGACCCCCAACUCCCUCAAGCGGUGGGUCACAGGGAAGCCAGACCCUGCUCCUCGGCUAGCUCCAGUGCUGCCCGGGGCGUCCCACCUGGGCAGGAAGGAAGGGAGGUGGUCCUGGAGGAGCAGGUCAGCAAGGAGGAAGAGAGGACGGCUUCCUGGCCACCAGACACAGCCCCGCCAAGGAGCACCCUGCAGGACAAAUCCCCAGACGUUGGGAGCCUGGAGUCCAGGACAGCCGGUGGCCGGUGGCUGUCCAGAUGUUUCAGAGCCUGGUGGCACCUGGUGUGGAAGCAGCGGGCUGUGGCUGCAGCGGUGGCACUGGGCCGCCGACAGCUGUUGCGCAGAGGCCUGCGCGCCCUUCAGUGGGCACUGCGGCUCCGGGAGGCCCACCUGGAGGCAGCAUGGAAGCGACACACUCAGGCCCUGCUGGCCCAGAGCUUCCGAAAGUGGAGACACCAGACUCUGCAGCAGAAGCAAGGGCAGCCCCACGUCCAGGCUGGGCCGGGACUCCCACCGUCUGGGACAGACCAAGGCCAAAGCCCCUCGGAAAGGGAGCCAGCGGCAGACUCCGCCUGGAGAAGGAGUCCAGGGAGUCAGAGGGAAGAGGCCGGAGCCCGGCCAGAUGGAGGCGAGGGGCAAGCACAGAUGCUUCAGACUUUGCAACAACUGGCUGGCUUCCUCUUCUGGUGCCAUCAGAAAGAACGGGCCAGGCAGGAGAAGGGAGGCCAGGGACAGGCCUUGUGGGCCCCGCUGAGGACUCAGAGGAGGGCGAGACCCCCCCAGGCCUGGUGGCCUCUCAGGGUGGCCUCGCUGGACACCCAGCCACAGAGAGCCUGGCUCCGCAGGUGGUUUGGGGCCUGGCAGCAGUUCGUGCGAAGAGGGGCCCGGUACCGGGACCACCUGGCUCACCGCCGGGUGGGGACCCUGAGGGUGUGUCUGCAGCAGUGGGUGCAGAUGAAGCAGCUCCAGGCCUCAGACGGGGAGAAAGUGACCCAGCUGUCCCUCUGCCGGCAGAACACGGGGAACGUGGCCCCCUGCAGCUCAGCCCCUGGACUGGCCACAGCCCGAGGCCUGGGGGUGAUGGCCCAGGCGCAGGGGCUGCCCCAGGAGCAAGGCUGCGGCUCCCUGCAGGAGGCCUGCCGGAGAUUGGCCCUCUGCCGGGCGCUGCUGCUCUGGAGGACCCGGCUGUCCCAGCGCCGGAGGGCCGACUCCUUCCUCCAGGGCAUGCGGCAGCAGAUGAUUCGGCGUAUCCUGAAGGGGUGGCACCUGAGGGCAUGGCGUCCGGGCACCCCAUCAGGCAGUGCCAGGAGCACCUUGGCCCCGGAGCACCUGGGCAGCACAGCGGGAAGCUCACUAGAGGUGCGGGCACAGCGGUCCUGGAGGGCAGCCAGGUGGCACCGGUGUACUCUUCAGAGGCGUGUCCUUCUCGGCUGGAGACACUGGGCAGCAGCCCAAAGGGCCCAGGGAGAGCUGGCUGUCGGCUGGGCCUGGGAUCGGAGCUGCAGGGCCGUGCUGGGCGUGUGGCGGCGGCGGCUGGCGCAGAGGCUGGAGGCAGAGGAGUGGGCCCGGGCCUGGGGUCGCACCCUGGUUCGAGGGGCCCUGCUCCGCUGGCGCUCCUGCUGGCAGAGGCAGCAGCUCCUGCAGGAAAAGUACCAGAGGUGGGCACAGGCCCCCCUCCAAGGCCUGAGGAGGUCCGUGUUCCAGAACUGGCAGCAGGCAGCAGCUCGUCGGAGGUGCACGGCGGCCCCGCCAGAGCAGCCCCUACUGCAGAGCCAUUUCCAGGCCCCUUGUGGACCUGAGAGAGACACAGGGGUGUUCCCAGCCACCCAAGCCUUUCGGGACGGCCUGAGAGAGGCCCUGGGGACCACAUUUUCCAUGUGGCGGGAAGCCGGAGCCACCAGAGCCCGGGCUCAGGAGCAGCAUGUGGCCCGGGCCCCUGGGUCCCACCGGAGAAGCCGUGUGCAGGGGGGCUGGGCGGACUGGCCAAGGAGGAGGCAAGUGGCUCUGGGCUGGACACGGGUCCUGGAGGCGUGGGCCCAGGCAGCAGCGGGGGGCCGUGUCCAGCGAGCCGCCAUUACCCAGUUUGGGCAGGCUGCGUCCAGGCGUCUCUGGCGGACCCGCUGGGCCCACUGGCAGGCAGUGCUGCGCUUGGAACCACCUGCGGCUGGGGCCCUGGAGGCCUGCACGGUUGACAGCAGGCAGCGGCCCGGGCUGGCCAGCAGGGGGCGCCUCCGGGCACUGAUGGACACUCCAGCCCCGUGGAAGCAGACCCACCGCUACCGGACACGGCCCAGCCCCACCCGGCAGCACGGCCGCAGUGGACAGAAGGAGCAGAGAGCAAUGUCCUGGGCCCAGAGUGACCGAGCGCCUCCCCUCCGCCCUGCCUUCCAGGUCCGGCUGCAGUGGCCUGGACGCCCCAGCCGGGCCCGGGGCUCACCCCCCAGAAAACCCGGAGGGGACCGCAGCUCUGAGGACAGCAUCCUCAAAGGCCAAGGCGUGGCCACUGAGAGGCAGCGGGGGAGGAGACACCUGCAGCGUUGGCGCCUGGAGGCACUGCUCCGCCGGCUCCAGCGCUCCCAGCGGGCCAGGUGCCUGGCAGCAGCAUGGCAGCACUGGGCCGAUGCUCAGGGAGGGGAGUGGCUGGCACGGACACUGCUCAGGCAGUGGCACCUGAGGCGGGCCUGGCGUGUGUGGCGGCGGCGAGGCCUGCAGCUGCAGGCGGCUCAGCGAUUACAGCAACAAAGCGGCGGCCGGGUCCUUUCCCAGGCCUUUGAGAAGUGGCGCCAACAGCUGGCAGCCAGGGGCCUGAAGAGAGGAGCCACCAGCGGCCCAGUACCCUCUCCCCCCUCCCCAGCAAGGCGGGCAUCAGGAACCCUGGGAGCCGGCUGGAAGCUGCCCCAGCCCCCGUGUGGAUGUGAAUCGGGGCAGGAGAGCCAGCUACAGCUAUGACUUGUUCCCAGAGCUGAGCCUGGGAAGGAAGGAACCAUGCCCCACCCAUCCGGGGGUGCAGGCUCAUGCCACCAGGGACUCAUCCCACAGCCUGGGGACAGAACUCCGAAGGACAAUAAAACAAACACCCUCCGUGGUCCUA